AUGAAUUUCCGAGGUGUAAUUACCAUUUUGAUCAUAUUCUUCAGUAUUGUUGUGAUUACGAGCCAAGUCCGUGUUGAGGCUACAAGAGUAUUAUCCGAAGAUUUUGCCCGUGCAAAUCACCUUGCGGCUUACCCCCUCGAUUCUCUCUCAUCUUCUUCCUCUUCCUACAUUCAACAGCUGCUGCACCAGUCGGGAGUUUGCUACGGCCGGGUCUCAAACAAUCUUCCUCAGCCCUCCGACGUUCUCAACCUCAUCAAAUCCAACGGAAUUACAAGAAUUCGCCUCUUCAAGGCUGACCCAGAUGCAUUAAAACCAUUCUCCGGCAUCGGAAUCCAGCUUAUGAUCGGUGUCCCCAACGAGGCCCUACCUUCCCUCGCCAACGGCAUUGUAAACUAG